CUCUUUGACAUCACAUUCAUGCCUGUUCUGCGCAGUUUGCUUGAAAUGCAUCGUAUGUGUGUUGUGUCACGUAGUAUACUUCACCUUUGCACAGAGUUUUUGUCGCGCUCCUCAUUAUGAAAUGCAUGGCUUAUAAAAAUAGCAUCGGAGGAUCGUCAGAUGCGUCGUAAACCUAAACAAGCUGGACUUUCCUGGUGAGGCAACGCAAACGCGAACUUGAACUUCUUCCUUUUAUUUUUGUACAGAGGCGCAGUCAUUGGUCACACAAGGUAACUCUUAAACAUGGCCUGGUCUUUGAGAUGUUGCCAUAAAGACACACCCCUCGAAGAGAUGAACGCUGACCUAUUUUUUACCACAGUAUCAGAUGGCUCAAAAGAAAGUUCCACACCGAUUUUGCUGGACAUGUCCCGCUCAAAAUCGGACAGCGGAAAGAGGCCAGUUAAAAUUCGUCCACCGAGCCCAAAAACUGCUCCAAGGCAAACAGCAGGCCGCAGCCUGUCAUGUGAACCACCAACCAAAUCCAUCAUCCAGAGGCGCACACAGUCUCUUCCAUCUCCAUCAGAGAGAAGGAGGCUUAGUCGCCGAGCCAGCGUCCGGUUUGUGGACUCUUUAGGGUUGGACCUGGAAAAUGUCAAGGUUUUCAAAAGCGGAGAGGACCCGUUUGUCCCUGAGCAUGUUCUCUUCCGACUCUUAAUGAACGCAGAGUUAGCCUCAAGUAAGAGGAUGGAGAUUUCACUACCAUAUUUGAAACCGAUGUUCUCAGUCCAGCCAGGUGACUGUUCAAACUUCACCGAGCGUCUGUGUUGCCAGCACGUAUGUCUGGAGCGGGUUUUGUGCUACGAGCCUGGAAUUAUAGGGAUCGUUCAAGUUGUAAACUUGGCAUUUGAGAAGGAAGUGAGUGUUCGCUACUCUUUUACAAACUGGAAGAAUUGCUCAGAAACCAAGGCUUACUGGGUUGCAAGCAAAUCCAUUUCAAAUGGGCCAUGCUGUGACAAUUUUCGAUUUCAUCUACCCGUUCCUCCAUAUAUCCUUCACCCUGGAGCAGUGCUGGAGUUUGCCAUUUGUUAUAAAGUAAUGGGCAUGCAGUUUUGGGAUAACAAUGGUGGGCAGAAUUACAAAUUAACCUGUCAGAGUUAUAACCUGCCUGUGCCAAAGGAAUGUGAAGACAGUAUGAUACACUUUAUCUGAGGACACUGAUUUGUAUAUAUGAAACUUUUUUUAAAGCACUGUUUCACUUUAUAUUUUGCUUGCAACCACCAGCAUUUUCACUGUGUAAUAUACAUUGCUGACCUUCUGAAAGUCUUGCCAUAGUGUAUUUCAUUUGUGAUUAACGUGAAGCCAUGUGAAAUAUGAGAUUUUUAACUUCACAAUUGUGACAACUGAACUGUAGCACUGAGAGUAUUACUGUAUGUUGACUUGAUAAUGCAAUAUAGAUUUAAAAAGUGCCUUUUACUGUAUUUUUUUUACAUUUCAGGUUCGCACUUACUUGCGUGAGGAUGUUAUUGUCACUAUGUGGUACGUUUUCAUAAUACUUGUGGAUAUUGUAAACACAGAUGUUGAUAGAAUAAAUAAGGAUGGGUAAUGCCACUUGUUUUGAAGAACUGAUUAAAAAAACUAUUCAGCAAUUCUUUUACCGCAUCACAUUGUCCUUCUCAUAAAACCUUCAAAAUAAAGCCAUAUGUAGGCACAAACUGCUGUUUAUAAAGUGUUGCAGGGGUGAUAUAUUUUUGUAGGUCAGAACUCAGAAAUUAGCAUUUUAGCACUUCCGAUUUCAUAUGAAACUCGAACUGGCAUGAGAAAAGUUUUUUAUUUUAUUAUUAUGAUUUUUUUUUUAAAUGCUUGAAAAAAGCUCUUUUGUCAAGAUAACCAGGCUAAUGCAAACUAUACUGGCUUGAACUGCAAAAAUGUCAUCACUACAGCAUUCUGUGUUUUUUAUUUUAUGUGUUUUUAUUGUAAGUUCAGUCUGUUAGUGCCAUGAUUCAGGUUAUAACAACAAAGUUAUUUGUAUUUACAAUAAACCAUACUAAAAGUCA